CAUGCGCAGAAAGACGCUCAGGAACUCUCAAAGUAGCGCGUAGUCGGCAGUAGGCUGCUUUUCCAAGUGCCGAAAAGAAAUAAAUGACUAUGAAGGAACUAGGGGACGGCUGGAGAAACUCUGAAGAGACAAACGGAUAAAACGUUGCAGAAUAUCCAAACAUAAUCUAAAACGAAUCGUGUGUUGUAAUUGAAAAAGGAAAAGGCCACAUAUAUACCACAUCUGCAGUUUUGUUUAACAUAUAGCUCAGCAUGUACAUCUGGAUGUCUGUGACACGGAGCAGCAUGGGGGAAAUGGCAGAGUUUUCAGGAUGAUGUCAGACGCCAGUGAGAUGUUGGCAGCAGCGUUGGAGCAGAUGGAUGGAAUCAUUGCAGGCUCCAAGGCCAUGAACUACUCAAACGGUCUAUUUGACUGCCAGUCUCCCAGCUCACCCUUGCUAGGCAGCCUGCGUGCAGUCCACCUCCUCGAAGAACUGCGAGGGGUGCUGGAGCUGAUGGAUGCAGAUGAGAGAGAGAGUCUGCGUAGCCAAGUGCCUGAUCACACCACUGAGGGCCUGGUGGAGUGGCUGCAGACCCGACUGACUAAUGGUCAUGGAUCUGCAGCGAGGGAUUUGGCAUAUCGGGAGCGAUUGUCUCGGCUAGAGAGUGACAAGGAAUGUCUGAUGCUGCAGGUGAGCGUUCUGACAGACCAGGUGGAGGUACAGGGAGAAAAGAUAAGGGACCUAGAGAUGUGCCUUGAGGAACACCAGAUGAAACUGAAUGCCACAGAAGAAUUACUACAGCAGGAGUUGUUGAGCAGGAGCACGUUGGAGACCCAGAAACUGGAGCUGUUGACGGAGGUAUCCAGCCUGAAACUGAAGCUUACAACUGCAGAUCGUGAGAACAAGAAAAGUGAGGCCUUUUAUCAGGAGCUGAGUGAAAUGCGCCUCAGAGCAGCUACUGCAGAGACGGAAAAAGUGCAGCAGGAAAGAAGUCUGAAAUCAACCAGAGAAGAACUGGUGGCACUGCAGAAGCAGCUAGAGGAGCAGGAGCUGAGGAACCUGAAGGAGCAAGCCGGAGCUGAGGUCGUGACAUCGGACGGAAACCAGAGCAGAGAGAAAGAUUUGGAAGUGCAUAGAAUGAAGCAAGCUGUUGAGUCUUUAAUGGCAUCUAACGAAAAGAAGGAUCGUAAGAUUGAAGAGUUGCAGCAGUCCCUGAUGUGCUGUAGGAACGUCCAGGACAUGGUGAUGUCAGAACAGGAAAGGAAAGACAGAGGCGAUGAAGAGGACGCUGGGACGGGCCAGUGUGAGAGUUCAGCCAAAUCCCCAACCACUACAGUUACUGAGCCUCUUUUCCUCACAGGCACAGAGGAGACUGAUGAGCCUCAGGUGAUUCCAUGCACUGAGUUUAUCUCAGAGUCUGAACACAAAUCAACAGCUGAUGCAGAUCCAUGCCUUCUUACAUACAGUUCCUCUGAGAGGCUUGGAUCAGAAAACUCUAGCAGAGAAGAGGCUGAGCCUGGUGAAAGAGCAGAUAAGAAAAACAGCUCUCCCACAGUGUCCCCCUCUCAGUCCAGCCCAGGCGGGAGUGAAAGUUUUGGCACCAAAAAAAUACGUUCCUCGUUUGGACGGGGCUUCUUCAAGAUUCGGAGUGGAAAGAGAACAGCCAGCUCUCCUGAUCUAGCUGAGGCAGAGAGGAAGAGGACUGAGCACUUGGAUCUGGCAGGAACUCCAUCUCCCAAACCAAAAGCGCAUGCAGUCUCACCUGAGGGCAAGAAGAAAGCUAAGGGAAUCCGAAAGUUCUUGGGAAUGAUGAGGAGGAGCCAGUCCACUUCGUUUAACCUGGACGAUGCUCCCGAUUCUGAGUUCAGGAGAGGCGGCCUUAGAGCCACAGCCGGGCCGAGACUUGGUUGGUCACGUGACUCGCAACGCAGCAAUAACAAUGAGCUAGACACCCCGUUUGCAUGCUGGAGUACAGAGCAAGUGUGCGAGUGGCUGCAGGAGCAGGAUUUAGGCCUGUAUGCGAGUCAGGCUCAGCAGUGGAUCCGCUCUGGACAAAUGCUACUAAAUGCCUCACAGAAUGACCUCGAAAAGGAGCUGGGCAUCAGGCAUCCUCUCCACAGAAAGAAACUUCAGCUGGCACUUCAGGCUCUGGGCUCAGAAGAGGACGAUGCUAAAAACAAGCUAGACUUCAACUGGGUUACUCGAUGGCUGGAUGACAUCGGCCUGCCUCAGUACAAAGCCCAGUUUGAUGAGGGCCGGGUGGACGCACGCAUGCUUCACUACAUGACUGUGGAUGAUUUGCUGGGUCUGAAGGUGGGCAGCGUGCUUCACCAUCUCAGUAUUAAAAGGGCCAUCCAGGUGCUGCGCAUCAACAACUACGAGGCCAACUGCCUCAGACGUAGACCAUCUGAUGAGAAUAACAUCACACCAGCAGAGGUGUGCCAGUGGACCAAUCACAGAGUGAUGGAGUGGCUGCGCUCGGUAGACCUGGCAGAGUAUGCACCCAACCUGAGAGGCAGCGGAGUGCAUGGAGGACUGAUGGUUUUGGAGCCUCGGUUCAACGUUGAGACAAUGGCCCUCCUCCUGAACAUCCCUCCUAAUAAGACGCUCCUGAGGCGUCACCUGGCCACCCACUUUUACCUCUUGAUUGGUGCAGAAGCAGAGAGACUCAAGCAGGAGUGUCUGGAGCACCCUGACUACACGAUGCUCACCGCCACAGCAAAAGUGAAACCAAGACGUCCCUCCUUCGGAGGUUUUGGAACAUUGAGGCGGAAGCGACAGGAGGAGAGCGAAGAACUUCUGUGCCCUCUGGACGUACAGAUGCCUCAGAACAGCAGCUUCCACAGAGAACAACGCAUAAGUGAGGAUAAGCUGGAGCAGAUGGAGGACUCGGAAGGCACAGUGAAACAGAUAGGAGCCUUUUCAGAGGGGAUCAACAACCUCACUAGCAUGCUGAAAGAGGAUGAGCUCUUCAGGGAGAUAUCAUCUUACGCUCCUGAUGCCACGUACACUGCCUCCAGCACAUGAGCAUAAGCCUGUGUUAGGUGACGAUCCUGGAGAACCAAAUGUCUGUUCCUUUACUGUGAUUUUUACCAUGAAACAGCUCCAUGCAGCAUCACCUGUGAAGACCAUUUACACAUUUCCAGCUCCAUAAGCCUACUGUGAUGGUAUUACUACAAUGGUAUUAUGUUGGAGUCUGACAAUCAAAAGCAAUCGACAACAGUGGAAUGUUUUAUUUAUUCUUCUUUUUACCGUCUACAGCAUUUUCAGUGUUCAUGAGAAAGCAUACCGAAGACUGCAAACGAUGACCAAAACACAUCUUAAAUCUUGUUUUAGUUAGAUUACAUCUUUAUUCUUGUACUCUGUUUUAAUGUAUACAUUGACUCCUGCAUAUAAUUGCAUGCGUUACUCUGUACUGACUUUAGACACUUACUGCCUGGCAGGUACAUUGGGAGUAUUGAGUAAUAAUAAUCAUUUAGCAUUUAGUCUGCACAUCACUGGAUAGUUAUUCCUUGACAAAAAAUGUCCAUGUGUUUGCGGUUUUAUGAAUUGAAGUCAAUAAAAUUCUGUAAAAUUAAAAAAAAUCUUCUUAA